AUGAUUCACAUUUACAUUCCUGUGGAGAUUCUGCUGCUCGGAUGGUCUGAUGAAGACAAUCUAGCUCUCACAGAUAUGGAGGGGCAUGAAGACGAGAGGCUGUGUGGGAAAUGGAGGGUCGCCUGCGGUUUGUACAACUACAACCUGAGGGACGUGUUCACAUG